ACGGUCUCCUUCGCAAAGGUGGUCGAUGCGCCGCCCGGCGAUAUUCCGCUCAUCGAAGUGACACUUAGAAAAUCAUUCUCUCAAUUUUAUUAAACCACCUUGGCCUGAAUUUAGACUAUAAUCGCACCGUGACGAAAGCCAUAUCAAUCGAAUCUCACGACUGACAUGUUCGACGUGUGUCGAUCUUUCGAGCAUUCAAAAUCUACCUACCCUUCCCCCGCCCGCCCUUCUCCAGAUUACUGCACUGCUCCCUAGGACGCGUGGUAUCCCUCGACGCGUCAGUCACGGAGACAUCCGACGAUCGAGGAAAGAUCGGGGAGUAUAAAAGCAGCCAUGGAUCGGGAAAUCCAACAUUAGCAAUCUUAAUUCGGAACAGUCACCAUGGUACUGUGCUCAGCACUUAUACUCUCGUCCUUCUUGUUCUUUUUUUCUACUACGUCUCUAUACGGGGCGUCCAUCUCCACCACUGACAUCGGUCUGUGGUGGAAAGGACUCUCUGUCAUAGCAGACAAAAUCGUCUGCGGCGUUCCCGGUGGAAUCAUGGAUCUCAAUUCGAGGUUGACCUCCCUCGAGGAUAGCCUGUCUCGGAUCGUUGAUAUCGACGUCGUUGAGCCAAUCGUCGUCGAGAGUAUGGUUCCUGUAGCAGCUUCCGAACCUUCCUCGACGCCUAUUGAUUCCCCGCCUAAUGAAGAUUUCGUCGAGCCUCGCUCAGUUCGUCUCGCGCCUAUGGUCACACAGACUCCGUCAAACUCGAAGACAUUCCCGGUGUUAACGCUCUUGGCGUUAUUCUUCGUGGUCUGUGCCGUCGUGGUGGUUCUCAGCAGGGCGUUCAAGCCGUCCCAGCAUCGUCCUGCAUCUACUCCGGUGUACGUCCCAAGAUCAUCUCCGGUCCCUGGUUCCAGCGGACGAACAUUGUUCUUUGCGCUCGUCUUCGCUGUCAUGGUCGCCAUUGCUCUUGGUCUCCUUCUCGUCCAGGAUCUUCUCUCUGAGAAUCAUUCCGCGUCUGUCGACGGCCUCCGUGUUGCUGUGUUCACACACGUAGGAAUGACGGGAGUCUAUGUCCUGGUCUCUGCCGUGUUGGACAUGCUGGAGAGACGUCUAGCAACUGAAGGAAGUGGUAUUGGCCAAGGCGAGGCUGCCGCCGCAGAGGAUACACUUGCAGGAAGACACGGAGAACGUGACAUAGGCUCAUUGUUGAUUUCGGAUGUUCAGACAUCAACAGGCACGGUGUCGUUCCCAUCUGGAAACCUUGGACACAGUAGUGCUAGCGCGGUCUACUCGUCAACAAAGUCUACCAAUGAUCUCGUCUUCAAAGCACCCGACACCCAGAUUACCUCUUCUGCCGGCGAGUCCAAUUCGGAUAAAUCAGUAUCAAGCUCGUAUGCUACGGUCCCGGAUCAGAAUGCCGUGUCGGAUAUGAUGGCUGGCGUGGAGUAUAACGUUUCGGAUUCUUUCGAAUCGGCUAUUCGUUCAAUGGCUAGUCGAGAAGACUUGCAGGGAGAGGUAUCCCUAGUUUCAUUCCCAACCAUCGGUUCUUUCAUAUGUCAUACCCCCCAGCUGGAUAAACUCCGCUCAGACCUUGCUGAGCUUGAAGAGGGCCUAGAGAAUAUGCCGCCCUUAACGUCCUUAUUUUCGAUGAUGGAUCUUCGGAAAUUAGAGUCGACUAAGUUAAGCGUGCCUCCAGUUGUCAAGGAACCGACACGAUGUACAUCCUCAUGCGAUGACUCCUCCGCAAUGAGUAAAGAUAUUUGGGCAAAGGAAUUUCUCCAGAAAUAUGUGUCUGAUGAAAACCUCGAUGACGACGCAUAUCUCGCUUUACUGUCCGCGCUUUUCACAAAGAGUGCUCUUGCGAAACACAAGCCUGGACUGUGUAAAGAACCGUCGACGGGUGGAGUUGUUGAAGAAAACCCCCCGUACAUCUCUUUGGGUCACGGUUGGCCUUCAUGGAUCAAGCACGUGUGGAUUAAGGAUUUUUUGUGCCGAUUUGUAUCGGAUGAAAUGCUCGCCAACGAUGCUUAUCUUGCCCUGAAGUCUGUGAUCCCUGCAGAGGCUGCUGUUGAGGAACAAGAACCUGAGCCCGAGUUGCUUGAGGAUUCGGUCAAGUCCACGGUCCGCUCACUGGAGCGGCCGUCCAACCCGGUCUUAGGCACUCUAUCCUCAAGCUCAUCUGUUAAUGAUGAUAGAUUGAAGGACUCAUUUAAGGUGCCGGCAGUCACGCCUUAUCCUAAGCGUGUGCCUUCCCCAUCUCGCAUUCCAUCCCCUGCUCGGCGAAAGGGGAUACCGCCUAUAUCCCGGGGUCAGAUAUCUGGAUCACCGUGCGGUGGUGGACCGACCUCCUCUCGCCCUCCACUAUCGGCUGGGAGGAGGCAACGACUGGGAAAGGAAAUUUCAUCCACCCCUUCGUUGCGUCCCAACCAGCGAAUCUUGAACCCAUGCCGUUCCCCCCUCGGUGCGCCUAUGAUGCGCCAGUGGGAUGAAAGCGGCCGCUCUAUGCGUCGGGCACGCCCCUGCCUGUCCCGUUCUAAAUCUCCUUGAUGAACCUACCACCAUGAUACACCAACGGGCGCUUAGAGAUGACGAGGAUAUUGACUUUACAAACUAUCAGUAUCCUGUCGCAGCGUUGAAUCUUAGGGAUGAUCAGCGGUGCAUCGGGGUCGACGGGCUCUGGUGCAUGCAGCUGGUCACCGGAGGAGGGCUGGUUCGCUGACGAGCUUAUCAGUCCUUCCUCUAUCCCUGGCAUACGAGGAACCUUGGAGACGGUGUGGUCGACGGGCUAUCACUGUUCUCUGAGGGCCUCGGAAGGA